AUGAGCUACACGUCGUUCGACGACGCCAUCGACGACGGCGUCGAGAGCGAGGAAAAGGGCGAGCGCCACCAGUUUGGCCCAAAGGCGCACCGCUUCUUCCAGCAGGCCUACCGCCUCUACUCGCGCGCCGCUCAGCUGCGUCCGAGCUCGCCAGACGCCCUCUACAAUGCCGCGCGCGUGCAGUACCUCCUCGCAACCCAGUUCUGCCUCCCGCCCGAAUCCAUCGCCUGCCUCGCCGACUCGGUGUUUCUCUUCAAAGCCGCCCUCAACCUCGCACCUUUGCCCGCACAGCAGGGAGACGAGCACCAACAGGCCUCGCUGCCGUCGCCCUUUUCCCUCGACGUCGUCAGCAACCUGGCCACGUCGCUGCAGAGCCUGGGCGAGCUGGUCGACGAGGUCGGCUGGCUGGACCAGAUCAAGUCGGCAGAGAGGCUCGCAUCCAUCGCCGACUACUCCGCCUUCGACGCCGCCCCCAGCGAUACCGUCGACCCGCGCUUCCCCACAUCCGGCAAGCUGCUGCAGGAGGCCAUCGGCUUCUUCCGCCAGGCGUCGCUUGGGCAGGAGCAGGUGCUGCUCGACCAGGCAAGCGAACCGCAGCACGACGGCCAAAGUCAAGCAGUGGAACCGUCGGAACUCGCCAUUGCGACGCCAGACGACGAUUCGGACAUGGCCGACGACGAUGCGUCGGCCCCAGCAUCGACGCUCGACGAGGUCGGAUACACGUCUUCGCUCGUCACCGUCGACACGUACGUCGACACGCUCAUCUCGCUGCACGCCUGCCUGGUGACGCUGCUCGCAUCGUGCGAGACGGUCGCGCACGCCCAGAUCUGCACCGCCAACGCCAUGGAAGCCCUCGACCGCGCGGCUGCCGCCCUGGACCCGAGCGCAAACUCUCGACUGCCGCCGCUCGACGAGACGGAGAGGGAGACCAAGGCGUUGGAGCUGCAACGCGCCCGGCUCAGCCUGCGCAUCGCACACGUCACGCGCAUUGCGGAUCUGACGCCGGCGACGUUCCCGAGCACCUCCGAGGAAGCCGACGAGGUCGAGCAGCUGGAGCAGACGCUGCUCGAAUGGUCCGGCAACGUCCUCGCCCCUCCGUCGUCGUCGUCGUCGGCGGGAGCGACGGGAGCGACAGCAGCGGAUACAGCGACGCUGUGCGAGCUGGGCGACGGCGCCCUCUCGCUGACCCGGCUCCGUCUCCGUGUCCUUCGUCGCGCCUCAGCUUCAGCCUCGGGCGUCGGCGUCGAGGACGGAAAGGCGGGCAUCGCAUCGAUCGAGUGCGCCUGGACGCUGGGCACGACGACGUCGCGGCUCUUCAACGCGGCGCUCUCGACGCUCUCGCCCACGUCUGCCGGCGGUGGCGGUGGCGGGGCGACGCAGGGUGUGGCGGUGCUGGGGGCGCAGAACACGUCGACGCCCACGACGCGCCUGCGCUCCUCGAUCCUGUGCGCCCUCGCGUCGACUUCUCUCGUGCGAUCCGACGUCGUCUUCGAGUCGAGCAACCUGCCGAAUGCCGUGGGUAGCCGGGCCAAGCUGAUCGAAAACGCACGCGCCUACGCCCGUAAAGGGUGCCUUGAAAUCGGCCUGGGCUGGAUCUUCACUGCUUCCCCCACCAGCGAUGCUGCUCGCAGUGGCGGUGGAGGGACGAGGAUGCCGGUGCACCCACACAACCACGGGGGGUGGGAGACGCUGAGUCGCGAAUCCGAACUCGUCUAUACCCUCCUCCGCUCCCUCUUCUUCCGAGCGGGCAUGAGCGGGAAGGAGGAAGAGAGUCGGACCGAGAUCCGAACCCUCGCAUCGCGCCUCUCGACGCUGGCGAGUACGACCAAGGGCGAUGUCGCCUUCCAACUCGCUUUUGCCGUCCCCCAUCCGCUGCACCCACCACCCCAUACGACGACGAUGGGCAUCGAUAGGUUCCUGAGUGACCUCUGCGACGAGGAAGGUCAGUCCGCCCUUGGACCCGACGAGAUCGAGUUUUGGUCGGCUGUCAAGCAGGAGUUUUUCGGCGUCGAGCACGUCGCUUAG